AUCACGAUAAACAGUACCUACGUCAAAACUACAUGUCAAAUAGAAAUAAAGAGAAAUAAAUUAAGACUCAGAAAAAGAAAAGUUAUUACUACAACUUGCUGCUAGUUAUCCAUAAUUAAGUAUUAUAUAAUUAAAAAAGAGAAGCAAGAAGGACGCCAAGUCAGGAAUUGCAACUGCAAGCUUUGAAGAAUAUCUAUAACCUAUCAAAACUAAAACAUUUUACUUGUUACAUCUUAUUUAGUGUAAUAAGGGAGUUUUUUUAAAGAUUUAAGAAAGAGGAAGUGAUGAUUAUAUUUCGUUUACCUCUGGGAUAAUUAUCCUCUUGUAAAUUAAAAAUGAUUCCACCACUUGCUCCUGGACAAUCUUCUGAGGAACAGCAAAGUGAUAUGGUUGGAUGGCAAAAUACCUUUAACAUGCGGCAAGUAACUCUUAUGAAUAUUGCCACUUCUCAUUUAGGAUCCAGAAAUGGUAACAGGCUAAACUUUUUAAGAACUGGUUGUAUAAAAAGUUCUGCUAAAUCCUUAGAUAUUUUACGAAGGAAUUUACAAAAAGCCAUAAACAAAGAUAUUGAUAAUGUCAUAAAAAAGUAUUUGGAUAAGUUCUUUCAACCUGCCAUAAGUAACAUUAAAAUGAAUUUAGGAAAUGACAGUGUAGAUGAUGAGUUAGUUAAAAAUGUAUGUAGGACAAUGCUAGAUGAAGCCAAGGCAAUGUACAGUUCAGCUUCAGUUUUUUCACGUGAUAGUUCACCAUAUGAUUGCAGUGAUUCUGAUGCAGGCAGCUUAACAGAGCUUAAAAAUUGUAGUUUGAGCCCAUUUUCAUUCAAAAGAAAAGAGUCUGAUACAGAAUCAGAAGCAAGCUCAACCCACUAUACAAAAAGGUGUAAAACAAGAGUGACAAAAUUCACUGAAUCUCCUCUGCUUAAGCAAGCCAUUAAACGAGAUACAAUUAAAUGGACUGCAGACCGCAUUAAUGAAAAUACACUAUUUAUUAUGGGUGCCAGAGCAAAUAAAGUUCUAGGAUUUGGACAAACACGUGGACGGUUAUACAUUAAACAUCCUGAUCUCAUUAGGUAUCAGGGUGACCAGGAAGAUAAAGAUUGGCUUUCUUCUAAAAAUUUAAUGCCACCAAGUGGUGGAAAAGCUUAUGUAAUGCUCUUUGAAGAUAUACAAGAGUUGACUGCCAGAGAUGAAUACAGGAACAGCCCCAAUGUUCAACUGCACGAACUAAAAGGAUUUGAGGCUCCACACUUUAUGCUACAGAAAAUAAAGGCAUUUCUUAAUCAGCUUCAAUUUCAAAAAAUGCAAAAUCAGGCGAACUACGAACUACUUGAGCUUCAAACAAAUCAUUGCCUCACACCUCUAAAUAAUCCUAUUGAUUCCGCUCCAUCGACCCCGUCUGAUACUCUGCAAAUGUUGGAACUACAAACUGUUAACGGUCAUGUGACAAAACAUGUUGAAACAGGAAGUUUUAUUCAGAUUCCUGAUAUUAGUCCGGAAUCUAAUGCUUCAUUUUUAUCUGUUUCCCUUUCCCAAAGUCCAUUGCAGUCGGUUAAUGUGGGUUCGAAUGUCCUCGUUAACGUUAUUAAUUCAAACGAUAUCAGUAACAGCAUGGUGGUCACAUCAACUAUGUCCAAUCAUAACUCAGAAAAUUCGCAAGGCUUUUAACAGUCCAUUUUUUUUUAAGUUAAAGUGUUUAGGUGAAUAUUAGCAGCUAUUUUUUAUCCUGCUGACACUUAAAUUAAUCACCAAAAUUAAUUAUAAAAAUAAAAUAAUUGGCUGCUUGUAAAUUAGUGCAAUUUUCAGUAUAAUAUUUUACGGAUAAUUCUAAACAGUUCUAAAUUCCUUAAAAAUUUGGGAUUUAGAUCUUGAAGGGUAAUUAAUUCAUACUCUGUCUAUGGCUAUUUUGGCCACAAAUAUUAACAAGAGCCCUGGUUAAAAUUAAAAUUUAAUCCGUAAUGGUUAUUUUGGAUUUUUCUGUUUAUUAGAACUGAGUAACAACUAAUAACAUUGUAUAUUCCCUUUUUGUUUAUAAGAGUACUACUCUGUUGGAAUUAUAAAUGUUGAUAACUGUCUAUAUGUCUAUGUUGUAAAUAAAGAUUAUGUAUAUACAAUACCCUAUUGCAAAUCACAUAUCAGAAUAUUGUGAUGCAGACUGCUGAAAUUUUAAAACAUUUUGCGAAACCUACUGUCUCAAUUUUCUCAUAUAACAUCAAAAGAUAUCAAAUGUUUAAAAUUAUAAUAAAAUUGUAAUUGCUAUUUUUUUCAGCAUUGAGAAUUUAAUAUUAAUUAAUUCGUUUUAUACUUUGCCUCAGCAGUCUGUUCACUUACCAGACAAUAGAAGAAAUUGCAUUUCAAUAUGGUCAAUAAAUUAAUUGGCCAAAGUGUAUGUAAAUAGCAAAUAUUUUCACAUUAGUUGGAUAUCUAAAUGAUAUUGGGUUGUUUCAAAUAUUGCUUAAAAGUGUAAUAUGUUUUUAUUGUGAUUAAAACAUUAACGUACUUAAAUUUAGAAAAAACAGUUUCUUGCAAAACUAUUUUAUUUAUUUUGCAAUAUACUGGUUUGUGUUAUUCAGUGUAAAAUCCACUCUAUGUAAAUAGCAUAUUAUUAAACAACGUAAUUCACGUUUGUGAUGUCGAUUUUCUAGUCAUUUUCUUUCUCGAAUGUCAAUUUAGAAAAAGUAGUUUUUUGUAAAAAAAAAGUUUUAUAAAAUGGUUACUGUAAUCAAAUGAAGAAAAUAAAUAGUGUUAAUUAUAUAUUUUUGUUAUCACUUGCCAGUUCUGUAUAACUUUCAUUACUGGUUAAACUAUUGACCUUUUAGUGCAAUACCUGCAUAAAACUAUUAAUAGUUUAUGUUAUUGGCUCAAAAAAAACCUAUUAAUUUAAGUAAUCCGUUAAAUUGUCAUUUAUAACAUGAUUCAGAGAAAAUAAAGUUACUUCUACAUGUAUAUUUUAUAAAAAGUAUGCAAUUACAUUCCUUCACCCUCAUUCUCUAUACACAUAUUUCAAAUCAAACACCAAUUUACAAUUAAUAAAAAAAA